CUCUUAAAAGCUUAAUGUUUUACAAACAUCAUUAAAUUGAAAAAUAUUGGUGAUUGAACUCCAUAUCUUUCAAAAACCUAUCCAACGAUACCCCACACUAUGAAAUAAAAAAGUAAAAAAAAAUCAUCCCCACUUUACAUGCCCUUAAAAAUAUAUUUUAGAAAAUUUUAUUUAACGACUUUGUUAACAUUUUUAAUGUUCUUACUCAUGCUAAAUUACAGCUUUCUCGUAGUGAUAGUCUCUACGAUAAACCGCGGACGGACAGACAGACGGACAUGGCGAAACUAUAAGAGUUCCUUGUGGACUACGGAAACCUAAAAACGUCAAUAUAACUAUUCCCAGUUUGUCAAUUUGAGUUCUCUCCUAAGUCGAGUUAAGUUAGAGCACGUAAAAGUAUGUUAAAGUAUCGUAUAUUAUCCAUCAUGAAGGCCUUGUGUUUCAGGGCUUAUUCAUUUUUUUUUAUUCACGAGAUAAAACGAAAUACCUCGAAAUUUGUUUCGCUACGUGCAAGUUUGUCGAAUGAAGGUAAUAUCAGUGUUUGCUGAUAAGAAUUUAGAUGAACUCUUCUUGCCUACUUGCGUAUUGUUUGCGCGCAGUACAAGUACGAGUAAGUACUUGUCAUGUUAGCACCAUGUGCUCGUAUCCACCACCGCCGGUCUCUCAGUGGAGCUAUUGAGACUCUAUUGUAUGUAAUCCGAAACUAGCGGAUGCUCUCGACUUUUUUUUCACAAAUCCCACGAGAACAAUAGAUUUUUCCGAGAAGAAUAGAUAAGGUGCUCAAUAUCUUAUUCUAUCUUCCAGUGACAGUCCACAUUAAAUCGAUUCAGCCGUUCCAGAGAUUAUCCCGGACAAACAGACAGACGAACUUUUUUUUAAAAAAAAUUUAAAAAUAAAAAUACAACCGAGUUCAAAAACGUAUAACGUACCAACUAAAUUAAAAAGUGAAAAAUAACAUCAUAUUAUAUUAUACCUGCUGAUCCUUUUAAACGCGGUGCUAACCCGGUAAUGUAUUAUUUUAAGCCAUAUCAGAGUAUCAUAAAGAUUAAGGUUUUUCAGACAGACUUCUAUCAUGUAGCUCUUUCAGAAACAACUUAAAAUAACACAAAACUUAAACAGCUUAGCGCCGCCUUCAAAGUGAUCAGAAGGUAGAAUAUAAUAUGAUGUUAUUUUUCGCUUUUCAUAUUAGUUGGUACGUUAUACGAUUUUGAAGUCGAUUGUAUUUUUUUUUUCUUUUUAAUUUUUAAUUUUUAGUGUAAUCAUACUAGACAUAGAUCCAGGCAAGAAAAAUGUUGCCGUAUGUUGCUAUGAGUCGUGUGUGUAACAUUAUGUCACAUAUAUGCAAUGCAAAUGAAAUGAAAUUAUACAUGUAUUUUUGAGAGAAACCUUUCAAUAUGCAUCUGCUAAGAUGUUGACAGGACGGAGGAUUGCAGAGGAUAUUACACCAACCUACAAUAUCGGGAUAUUGGAUAGCGCACGACACACGUCAAAGACGUAUGCACCGCUGCGUUAACUCUCUGACAAGCUGCUGGGCAUCCGGCACCUGGUGAUCUUCCUGCUGUUCCUGGCGACAGUCGUGUCGUACGCCACGCGCGUCAGCAUGAGCGUCACCAUCCUCGCCAUGACCAAGGACAACGACUACGGGUUCGAGGUGUUCGACUGGGACCAGUCCACGCGCGACACGAUCCUGUCGUCGUUCUUCUGGGGCUACAUCGUGCUGCAGAUCCCGGCGGGCAUGCUGGCCGGCCGCUUCGGCGCGCGCCUGCUCAUCCUGGUGUCCAUGCUCAUGACCGGCCUCGUCAACCUGCUGCUGCCUUACGCUGCUGUUAAGGGCGGUUGGCAGGCGGUGUGCGGCUGCAGGAUCGUCAUGGGGCUGUUCCAAGGACUGCUGUACCCCAGUCUGCACGGCCUGGUGGGGCAGUGGGCGCCGGCCGACGAGCGCAGUCGCAUGGGGACCAUCGUCUACUCGGGUUCUCAAUUGGGCACGAUCCUGGAGAUGGUGGUGGCGGGCGUGCUGUGCGACGGCAGCUGGGGCUGGCCGUCCGUGUACUACCUGGCCGGCGUCACGUGCGUGGUGUGGGCGCUGCUGUGGUUCCUGCUGGGCGCCUCCAACCCCGGCUCCAGCAGACUCAUCUCCAAGGAGGAGAGGAAGUACAUCGAGAGCAGUGCGGGAUCGCACGACGUCAACGAGCAGAAGAAAAUGCCUGUACCGUGGAAGGGUAUUUGGACCUCCCUUCCCUUCUGGUCAAUUCUUCUCGCGCAUUCUGGUCAGAGUCUCGGCUUCUGGACUCUCUUGACCGAGAUGCCUUCUUACAUGGACAAAGUUCUUGGAGUUGAUAUCAAGAGCAACGGUCUUCUAUCAGCGUUGCCGUACGUAGCCAUGUACAUCCUCAGCUUCGUGUUCAGCUGGUGCGCCGAGCUCAUGGUCAACAGGAAGGUCUGCUCACUCGGCACCACCAGGAAGAUCUUCAACACCAUAGCCUUUUGGGGUCCUGCAGCGGCGCUGCUGGCGCUGUCCUACAUCCCGGCCGGCCAGCUGCCGCUCGCGGUCGCCAUGCUGACCCUCACCGUCGGCCUCAACGGCGCUCACUACGUCGGCUUCUUGAUCUCUCACAUCGACUUGUCGCCAAACUUCGCCAGCACUCUGAUGGGCAUCACCAACGGCUUGGGUAACAUCUUCUCCAUCCUGGCGCCGCUGAGCGUCUCCUUCGUUGUUACCGAUGAGCACAGCGCCGCGGACUGGCGGAAGGUGUUCUUCAUCAGCAUCGCCUUCUACUUCCUCGCCAACCUGUUCUUCCUGCUGUUCAUGUCGGACCGCGUGCAGCCCUGGAACGAGCCCAAACACACCGCCGCUAUUGAGGACGGAGUGAAGAAGGCGGAGGAAGCCAACAGCACAAAGAAAGAGGGGAAGGGCACCGGGGAAGACAAAUUCUGAUCACCAGUUAGUUAAACUCUCGGGUGAAGCACUAGUCAUCGCUAGCGAGUUGCUUGCAGUCUUGUGAUACUAUCUCGUUCUUAUAUCUAUGGUAACUGGUAAAGGAUAACGCUUACAUGACUUCACCGAAAGCAACGAACAUACUAAUAUUUGUGACGUCAAUAUGAUAGUUUUUCGUUACGCUAUGCCUGUGUGGAUUAAUCGUAGACAGAUAACUAAAAGACGCUUAGAAAGCACCCAAUUCAUACUCUCGAAAAGUUAACAAGAUGGAUAAAUGAGAACAAUUUGGUGGCAUGAAGCGUGCCGUUUUAUCAAGCAUAACGAUGACCAAAACAAGAGGAAAUGUAUUUUGUGGCAAAAAUUACUGCGAUAAAAUGAAUCAGAGCAAUAUGUUGGGAUUAUAUAAUGAUUUAUUUAUUUUGCUAUCAUCCGCGAAAAGUCGACGAACCCAUGCGACAACGUCACCCAGGUCCGGCAAAAUACUCUCAACGUACGUUUCACCCCGAAACCGGAGCAUCCUCAGGAGAUGUUGACUCUACAACGUGCAAUUGCACGUUGUAGAGUCGUUGUAGAGUCGUCGGGUUCGUCGACUUUUCGCGGAUGAUAGCAAAAUAAAUAAAUCAUUAUAUAAUCAUGAUGAACUUCCGCAAAGUAACGCCUGCUUCUAUCCAAUAUGUUGGGGUUUUAAAAUCAUAUUAUUAUAGUUAUAUUAGACAUAUGAAUUGGUACAUCGGCACGCCUAUCGCUUGUCUAUUGACUUUUUUCACGUACGUGUUUCUGAACAAUAAAAAUUGUCAUUGCACUAGCUCUAUAUUUGAAAUUUUAAAUAUUUCGUCGCGUACGAUGCGAGUGAAUGCAAUCGGCUUGCUUGUCGAUCGUUACUGGUGGAUCGUAAUUACUUUUGAUAACUAUUUGUUGUGUGUUAUUGACAAAAAGUUACAUGGUAUAGAACGAUUUAUUUAUUUAUUUUAAAUUAUUUGUAAAUAUGAAGUGCCUUACCUAUUCGAACUCGCUAUUUUUUAGUAAUUUAUUAUAUUUAAUUAUGAUUGACUAUUUCAUUUACUAACUAUAAAUAAUUAGGUUAGUAACGCCUAGGUUUUCACUACAGUUUUGACCGAAUGGAAAAUUUAACGCGUAUUUUCAAAAAAUGUGUGUUGGAGUUUCUGAAAAAGUUUAUGAUAUAGAAAGCGUGCUUCGAAAAUAUAUUAUCCUUUUUUAAUUAAAUUAUUUCUUCUUUUAAAUUAAUAUUUUAAAAUAAAACGAAGUUUAUUCGUAGUAACCAUAUGAGCCUUUCGAGCAACGAUACACCAAAAAAUGUUAUGUUUUUUGUAAUUGCAUUUGAAUAAUAAUUUAUUAUUGAAAAUAAGAGCUUGCUGGGAAUCGAUCGCGGUAUAAGUUUAGGUAGGUAUCUACUCGUAAGUUCCCACAACUCUUUUCUACGCCACCAAACUAAAAUUUGUGUAAUUUUUAAUUAAGUAAGUAAUCAAGAUUUUAAUAAAAAUCUGAUUUAUUUUAUUAGUUAUGAAAUGUUACCAGUAGGUAGUUAAGUUAAUAAUAAUAAAAUUUAUUUAAUAAUUUUAAUAUAAUUUUAUUAUAAUUAAUAAUAAUAAACAAUUUUACGUCACCAAAGACCAGUGAUGUUUAAGUGAGUUUUUGUAAAUAUAUAGUUAUUUAUUUAUUUAAGUAAAACAAUGUUUUGAUGUGUGUUUGAAGUUCAUAAAUAAUACAUUAUAC